CACUGGUGUAAUAUCUAACUUAACAUGGUGUCUUGGUUUGUUCAUGAUUUCAUUAUUUGGCUAUCUCAUCAGAAAUUGGCGAUAUUUACAUCUUACUGCUGCUAUCUUUUCAACGCAUCUCUUGUUCUUUUUUCUAAUAAUUCCAGAAAGUCCACGUUGGUUAUUAACUAAAGGUUAUAAGGUCAAGGCCAGGAAAAUAAUAACCAAAGUUGCUGAAGUCAACAAGAAAAUAAUAAGUGAAGCAGUUAUUAAUACAAUAAAAGUUCCAGCAAAUAUCACUACUGCUAAAUUCUGGAAACUGUGUUCAACUAAGAAACGGUGUCUAAGAACUUUUGUUAUUUAUUUCAUGUGGUUUGCAACAAGUGUCACUUAUUUUGGAAUUAUGUUAAAUUUAGAGUCGUUAGUUGGAGACAUAUACCUGAAUCUUGUUCUAGCAACGAUUGUGGAAGCCGUUUGUGUUAUAGUAGUUUUAUUAACGGUAGAACGGUUAGGACGAAAAAGACUUCUGUGUGGCUGUUUUCUACUGGGGAGUAUAGCUUUAAUAGCUGUAAUAUUAAUUAUAUUAUACACACCACCAGAUGUCAAGUGGCUUAUUACGUGUUUUACUCUCUUGGGUCAAUGUGGAAUUAACGGCGCUUUUGCCUUAUGCUGGUUAUGGACAAGUGAACUAUUCCCAACCGAAUUAAGAAAUGUUGGUACUGGUACAAGUUCUGCUUCAGCAAGAAUCGGAUCAGUGGUUGCACCUUAUUUAAAACUUUUAGGUAGUUUAAUGCCAGGUAGAUUUGAAGAGGUUUCGCCAUUCAUUUUAUUCUGUAUUGUGUGUAUAAUUGCUCUGGUGUUGACCUUAUUUCUGCUGCCAGAAACAUUUCAUCAGAAUCUACCAGAUACUGUUGAAGAUGCUGAACGAUUAGGAGACGGAUCUGGUGAUGCUGUUGAUGAAAAGGAAUUAGCUGCCAGUAUGUUAGGAACUGAAGUAAAUGGCGAUGCAUCGCUUGUUAUUUGACACCCUAUCUUUCUUUAGGGCGCUGGUUUGUGACAAGUGCAUUUUAAGACCUUUUACCACUGUUCUCCCUCCAUACAUGAAAAAUAUAAGAAUAUAUUUAAAACAAAAUUAAAAUUGAGACUAUUUGUCAAGAAUGUUCUAUUUGGACAGUUCUAUAAAAGUUCUAUGAGUGUUUGAAGUUUUCACAAGAUAGUCUUAAUUGUCAAGUACAAUUGUUACGAUACUGAAUGAAGUCUCGAUUAUCGUUAAAUCAUUUAAUGGCUAAAGUGGUCUAAGUCAUUCAAUAUCAAGACCAUCCGAUGGCGUAAAUGUAAAUAACAUUUGAAUCUAGAAAACU